CGCUACUAUUUACUAGGAAGAAGAAGAGUUUGAGGAUGUAUUGUGGAAGAUACCAGCGAAUACAAAUUACAUAUGAAAGUGAUCCAUCAAUUAACCUGGAUUUUGCUUCACGUUCGAUGGUUUAAUUAUUGACACGUUUCAAUUAUGUGAUGUCAUGCAAUUACCUUAGAGAACCGUUAGAUUGCGUCAAAGUCAGAGAACAACAAUGUCUGGUUUCAGCGCCGAGCUUAUCGAUUAUUUAGAGGGUAGAAUCACUUUCGAAGAGUUCGACAGAAGAAGAGACGAGCGGAAAACCGAGGACUCGGAAACAUUACCCGAUGAUUUUGAAGACGAUGCCCAGCCGUCUACUUCCACACAGUCCUAUGGGAAAAUCGAGGAGGGAGUCAGCCCUGGAGUACAGCUGGCCUUUGCUUCCAUUUUGGGAGAAAAAAUCGAACCCCCAUCAUCAGAGGAAGAGGAGAAAGAGGAAGAGGAGGAGGAUAGCCUGAGCUAUGUCGAUGAUGAACGCGAUAAGGAUUACACUGACGAGAAGGACGAGGGGGUAAAGGUUAAGGCUAAAGAGAAGACUCGAGGGAAAGGAAGAAAACGCGAGAAACCGAAGCAGAAAAUGGAGGAGAUGGAGGAGGCCGAUGGGGAUGUGACGGUGGGAGACGUGUUUGCACUGGAGAUGGAGCUGAACCGAGAAAACAAGAAGUUGAUGAAGGGCCGACGUCAUGGUAGCAAACUGCCUCAGGCUCUCAGGGGCUUGAUGGGAGAGGCCAACAUCCGUUAUGCUCGAGGAGAGAAAGAGGAUGCCAUCUCAAUGUGUAUGGAAAUCAUAAGACAGGCUCCUCUUGCUUACGAGCCGUUUUCCACAUUGGCAAUGAUCUACGAGGAUAAUGAAGACAUGGACAAAGCGUUGCAGUUUGGCCUAAUCGCUGCCCACCUGAACCCUUCUGACUGUGAUGAGUGGAUCCGACUGGCUGAAAUGUCUCUGGAACAGGAUAACAUGCGACAAGCUGUCAUCUGCUACUCGAAAGCAAUAAAAUAUGACCCCACCAAUGUGCGCUAUCUGUGGGAGCGCUCCAGCCUUCACAUGCGUUUGGGAGAGCACAAGCAGUGUAUGGAUGGCUACAGGAGGAUCCUGUCUCUGCUCCCAAUGGAGGAUGGAGAACACUUCAUGCAGCUCUCCAAGGACAUGGCUAAGAGUUACUAUGAAAGUAAUGACCUCUCCUCAGCUCAGAGUGUGAUUGACGAAGCUCUGGAACGACAUCCCAGCUUGGUCAGUGAUGACUUCCUCAAUAUGGCCGCUGAGCUUUAUAUCUCCAACCACCAGUAUAAAGAGGCGCUGCAGAUCUUAGUUCAGUUUUCUGGUAUAGUUUUGGUGAGAGCUCAGUCUACAUCAGAAAUCCCAGAGCAAUCCCAAAACGAGAGGGUGACUGAGGAGAAAGAGGACGAGAAUAAAGACGGCGCAAAGUCAAACACCACAGAGGGCGGGGAAGAAAACAUGCGUGACAUCAAAGAUGUAGAAAUACCGGACAGUGUCCCAGUGGACCUGAGAGCCAAGCUAAUUAUCUGCCUCAUACAUCUGCACGUCCUCACACCUCUGGAGGGCUUGGUGUCAUCAUUGAUGGAGCAGAGUCCUGAGGAGAUUGGUGACCUCUACCUAGACGUGGCUGAAGCCUAUCUGGAGCAGGGGGAGUACAUGUCUGGUCUGCCUCUGCUGUCUGCCCUCGUCAUAUCCGAGAAGUACAACUUAGCCGUUGUCUGGCUGCGUCAUGCAGAGUGUCUGAAGGCUCUGGGCCACAUGGAGGCAGCAGCGGAGAGCUACACAAAAGUAGUGGAGAUGGCGCCGCAGCACCUCGAGGCCAGACUCUCCCUCGCAACUCUCCAACAGCAACUCGGGCGGAUGGAUUGCGCUCUUAAAGCCCUAGAGUCCAUGUACGAUAGUGAAACCCUCGCGCAAGACUCCUCUGCUGCACAAAAGGAAUUAAAGCUUUUGCUUCAUCGCUCCACACUGUUGAAGACACAGGGCCAAAUGCAGGACUACCUGGAUGCUAUGAUUACCAUGAUUUCGAUGCUGUUGAAGGUGGCCAUGCAGCGAGCUAAAGUGUGUGUGCGUUCCGUCACGCUAUCAGGGGAGACUCACCUCAAGCUAGUAAAAACUAAUGAUAUGAUAUCAGAGAUUGAUGACCAGGAAACUGCCUAUCUGGACAACACGGGAAAAACCAAUGUUUUAUCCAAAGAGGACUGGUGGCAGCUCCUGGUGAGCUGCGUGCUGACCUUGUGCGAGGUGGAGCGCUACGAAGAGGCUGAGCUACUCGUGGAGUCGGCCAUGGAGUUCUAUUCCUUCUACGACAACAAGCCCCGGAGGAAGGAGCUGGAGUUCUACGGGCUCUCUGCCACCAUCCUCGACCACAACUACUACAAAGCAUACAAUUACAUCAGAUUGAUGCUUAUAGAAAAUGUGCAUCUCCCGCAGCUGUGGAACAUUUUCAAUCAGCUGACGAUAACAUCCCAACAUCAGCGUCACCAUCGCUUCUGUCUCCGUCUGCUCUUGAAGCAUCCUCACAACCACGCCUUGUGUGUUCUCUGCGGCCACAACGCCAUGGUCUCUGGGAGCUUCAAACAUGCUCUUGGCCAGUAUGUUCAGGCCUUACAGGCUCACCCUGAAAACCCACUUCACAGCCUUUGUGUGGGUCUUACUUUUUUCCACAUGGCAUCUCAGAAGUACGUGGCUAAACGACAUGCACUGGUGUUACAGGGAUUCUCCUUCUUGUGGCGUUACGUCGAGCUGCGUGGAGUGUGUCAAGAAAGUAUGUACAAUUUGGGCCGAGCACUGCACCAGAUGGGCCUUACACAUCUUGCUAUACAUUACUACCAAAAUGCACUGACACUCCCUGCACAGACACUGGAUGGCAUAAUGGACGACCAGGUUGAUCUGAGGAGGGAGAUUGCUUUUAAUUUGUCCCUUAUCUACCAGAGCAGCAAAAACAUGGAGAUGGCCCAACAGCUCAUUAGAACACAUUGCACAGUUUAACUGAGUUCUAGGCCGAAUGGGUACCCAAUACCCAUCAGGCUUUUUAGCAAUAUUUUUGUCCUAUGAAAAUGUGUAUAUAAUAAAGUAAUGAAUGCUGUGACAUUUCAUAACA